AGACGGCGUCGACGUCUGGGUAGACGCGCGGCGUCUUACUCUUCAGUCGGGCGCUUUUGCUCCGGCGUUGGGAUCCCGUCCGUGGCUUGAGGCCUGGAGGGAGGCUUACCAAGGCGGCGUAGGAGGAUCCCGGGCGCCGGGGCCAGCCUGUCGUCAUCCCUCUCGCGCCAUGUCCUGGAUGUUCAAGAGGGAUCCUGUUUGGAAGUACUUGCAGACUGUCCAGUAUGGAGUCCACGGAAAUUUUCCACGCCUCUCAUAUCCAACUUUCUUCCCACGUUUUGAAUUCCAAGAUGUCAUCCCACCAGACGACUUCCUAACUAGUGAUGAAGAGCUAGACUCUGUCCUGUUUGGAACUUUGAGAGGGCACGUGGUUGGACUGCGUUAUUACACAGGAGUGGUUAAUAAUAAUGAAAUGGUUGCAUUACAACGAGAGCCUAACAACCCCUAUGAUAAGAAUGCGAUUAAAGUGAACAAUGUGAACGGAAAUCAGGUUGGCCAUUUAAAGAAAGACCUUGCAGCUGCUUUGGCCUCCAUCAUGGACAACAAAUUGGCACAAGUGGAAGGGGUAGUUCCUUUUGGUGCAAACAAUGCUUUUACCAUGCCUCUGCAUAUGACUUUUUGGGGAAAAGAAGAAAAUAGAAAAGCAGUUUUAGAUCAACUGAAGAAACAUGGAUUUAAAUUGGGUCCUGCACCAAAAACUGUAGGAUUCAGUUUGGAGAGUGGUUGGAGCUCUGGGAGAGCUGGCCCCAGCUAUAGUGUGCCAGUUCACCCUGCAGUACAGAUGACAGCUGAGCAGCUUAAGACAGAAUUUGACAAAUUGUUUGAAGAUUUAAAAGAAGAUGAUAAAACUCAUGAAAUGGAGCCAGCUGAGGCUAUUGAAACACCAUUGCUUCCACAUCAAAAACAAGCUCUGGCUUGGAUGAUUUCACGGGAAAACAGUAAAGAACUGCCCCCCUUCUGGGAAGAGAGAAAUGACUUAUACUAUAAUACAAUAACAAAUUUUUCUGAGAAGGACCGGCCAGAAAAUGUCCGUGGAGGAAUUUUAGCUGAUGACAUGGGUUUGGGUAAAACUCUUACAGCCAUUGCAGUAAUUCUUACCAACUUCCAUGAUGGCAGUCCUCUUCCUGUUGAAAGAGCUAAAAAGAAUCACCUGAAGAAGGAAUGUAAGGACUGUAGUGUUCUCAAUGAGGCUGCAAGACCUGGAGGAAACAGGGCCAGUGAGAAGGUGGAGGGACUCAGCAAAGAAGAAUCUAGAGGUAGUGAAGAACCCAGUAUUUCGGAUACCAAGGAGAAGAAAAAGUAUCCCAUGUCAGAGUUAUCUAACUCGCGCCCCAAAAGAAGAAAAAUUGCUGUCCAGUACAUUGAAAGCAGUGACUCUGAGGACAUUGAGACAAACGAGUUGCCACAGAAAAUGAAAGGCAGACUGAAAAAUGUGCCAUCAGAGACUAAAAGUAGGGUAAAAGCAGGGCCUUCUAAGGUGAAAGAAGACGGUGCCUUUGCACGUGCGAUAGCUUCGUCUGCCUCCAUGGCAAAGAAGAAAGUGGUGAAGAAAGGAGCAUCUGCGGCUGAGGGUUCAAAGAAAUCUGAGGUUCAAGAGAGACCAAGAACAACGCUGAUCGUCUGUCCACUCUCUGUGCUGAGCAACUGGAUAGACCAGUUUGGACAGCAUAUAAAAUCAGAGACUAAAGGUGAUAGUCCGCUACAUAGCAUAAGAUGGCUGAGAGUGAUCCUGGAUGAAGGACAUGCCAUCCGAAAUCCAAAUGCUCAGCAGACCAAAGCUGUGCUGGAUUUAGAAGCAGAAAGAAGAUGGGUGUUGACGGGUACUCCCAUCCAGAAUUCUUUAAAGGACUUGUGGUCUCUGCUUUCCUUUUUAAAACUUAAACCAUUUAUUGAUAGAGAAUGGUGGCAUCGCACAAUACAACGUCCCGUCACGAUGGGAGACGAAGGGGGACUUAGGCGCUUACAGUCCCUAAUUAAGAACAUCACACUUAGAAGAACAAAAACAAGCAAAAUCAAGGGAAAGCCUGUUUUGGAGUUACCAGAACGUAAAGUGUUCAUCCAGCACAUCACACUCUCCGAUGAAGAGAGAAAGAUUUAUCAGUCUGUGAAAAAUGAAGGCAAAGCUACUAUUGGAAGGUACUUCAAUGAAGGGACUGUCCUUGCCCACUAUGCCGACGUCCUGGGUCUCUUGCUUAGAUUGCGACAGAUUUGUUGCCACACUCAUCUUCUUACAAGCGCAGUGUCUUCCAGCGGCCCGUCAGCCUUUUCUCUAGGAAACGAUACUCCUGAAGAACUGAGAACGAAGUUAAUAAGGAAGAUGAAGCUAAUCCUGAGCUCAGGUUCAGAUGAGGAGUGUGCAAUUUGCUUGGAUUCUCUGACAGUUCCUGUGAUAACACACUGUGCACACGUGUUUUGUAAACCUUGCAUUUGCCAAGUCAUUCAGAAUGAGCAGCCACAUGCUAAAUGCCCUCUGUGUAGAAAUGAUAUACAUGGAGACAAUUUGCUAGAAUGUCCUCCAGAAGAACUGGCGUGUGACAGUGAGAGAAAGUCCAAUAUGGAGUGGACAUCCAGUUCAAAGAUUAAUGCGCUAAUGCAUGCUUUGAUUGACUUAAGAAAGAAGAACCCUAGCAUAAAAAGUUUAGUUGUUUCUCAGUUUACAACGUUCCUGUCUUUAAUAGAAACGCCACUCAAAGCCUCAGGAUUUGUGUUUACUCGUUUGGAUGGUUCCAUGGCCCAAAAGAAAAGAGUUGAAUCAAUUCAAUGUUUCCAAAACACUGAGGCAGGAUCUCCAACUAUAAUGCUGCUAUCUUUAAAAGCAGGUGGAGUUGGCUUGAAUCUUUGCGCAGCUUCUCGAGUGUUUUUGAUGGAUCCAGCCUGGAACCCUGCUGCUGAAGACCAGUGCUUCGACAGGUGCCACCGACUGGGCCAGAAGCAGGAGGUGAUCAUCACAAAAUUCAUUGUGAAGGAUUCUGUUGAAGAAAACAUGCUCAAAAUACAGAACACAAAAAGAGAGCUUGCAGCAGGAGCCUUCGGGAUGAAGAAAACCAACACAAGUGACACGAAGCAAGCGAAAAUCAACGAAAUCAGAACUUUAAUUGAUUUAUAAUGGUGGGAUUUGUAAGCUUCACUGAGAGAUAAUUCACAUCCGUGGCUUGCAGUUUUAUGUUCAUGAACAAAUUAGGGACUGUGUCACAGCCCUGUUCUCUCCCUUUUAGUUGAGUGGUACUACAUCCAUUGUUUUGUAUACACAGGGUGUAAAUACAGUCUGUGGGGAUCAGAGGAAGCAGUUCUACCUGAUUUGAUUUGAAUAUUUAAAUUAUGGAAUUUAAAUAGAGAUUUCUAUAAAUAGAUACUUUUUUAUUUAUGUAGCUUUUUUUUUGGAAAUAACUAUAAAUUUUUAUAAUUCAGAAGACUGCUAUAUGUGCGCGGCGUGGUGAUGUCUGGAUGGAAGUUGGGCUGGAUGACCUCCAAAGUCGUUUCGACCCUUAAAGACAUCUUAAUCUUGAAUGUAAAAAUGUCAUGUGUUCAGAAACAGAAUUCACGUUUGGAACUUCAGCAAUUCAUCCUUAUGUUUUUCUUACCUGUUUUGUCAAUUGCCACAGAACUGUAGGUGACUCUUUGAGUCAUAUUUAAAAUAACUAGAAAUUCACCAAUCAGGUUAGGCAAUCAGUGGUUUUAGUACCUUGAGGGAAAGUUCUUGAAUCCAAAUUACUACAAUGGAUGUUUCAUGCUCCACAAUACAGACUUCAGAACAGCUAAAACUUUAUUUACAAUGUUAGAAGAGACUUCUGAAGAGGUUUGAAGCAACAUUGUGCUAGAGGGCACAGCUGAGGGCUGUGCCAGAUGUCUCACCAGCUCUUGCUCUGGUGCCCUGGCUCUUGCCCCAGGGGACAGUGGAUUAGCCAGCAAGAAUCUUCCCAGAGGCCACAGGUGAGGAUUCAUCAAGACCAAACCUCUCUGCAGGGGUGAGGGAAUAUUGGCGUGGGCUUUGUCUCCUAGCAUCAGGAGCCAGGAAAAGUUCUUGACCUGCUGCUGUAGGUCUGUCCUUACACAGAAAACUCAGGUUGAUCAGAACCUCAUGAAAUGUGGUAUUGGGUUCUGUGGAUACUGAUAACUCCAGUGAGAUUAAGUGUAAACAGACUUUAGCAAACAAAACCCCGCACAGUCUACUUACUCUUCUUGAUCACACAGUGAAGCCUUUCAAACUCACUGUCAAGGCAAAGACAGCUUGCUUCUGACCCAAGUGCUUAUGGUUAUGUUUUAAACACAUGCAUAUAAGGGUAACUUGAGCAGUUCAUUAAAAAGUUCCUUUUGUUUCUGUACAGUUAUAUUAAGUGGUGUUAAACAAAAAAAUUUAAUUCAUCCUAAGAAAAUACAUAAACCACUGGAAUGAAGACUGCGCAUUAUGGUAUUGCUGUUGAUUCUGUUUUAUUACUGCAUAAAACAGUAGCUGUAGAGUAGAUCAAAGCAUUGUAAUCCCUAUUGUGCUUCAAACUGGAUUUUGUUUUGAAUUUAAAAUCAAUAAAAACUUCAAAAAUUUAUUAGCUUCCUUGGUGCCAUAAUUUAUUUUCUCUUUAAAGGAAAUAAAUUUUUCAUUAACUCUCAUUUCUGUGAAGAUGUUUAUAUUAUAUAAUCUUUUUAUUGAAGUGCUCAUA